GUAGAAUCCUUUUCUAUAAAACAAACCAUCGAAUGCUAAACGACACCACCCACCAAAGAAGGGUUUAUUACCAGUUCGUUUCAACUUCUUAAAAUUCAAUUCAACCAUCUUCACCGCAGUCGUUUGUUCAUCUCCCUUGACAGGUCACUUUUCAAAGUUCAAAAAUCCUUCAUUGAUCAUGCCGUGAUGCUCCAUUGAUUAACUGGAGUUUCGCCCGAUUAUUUUGGGCGAAUUUCAUAAGUGCGCCUGGAUCAUCAGACCUGCACUGGUUUGUGUGUGUGUGAUCGAACGGUUAAAACCUGGUCCCGUUAUUUUGUCUAUUUUUCCUUUUGGUACUUUUUACGGGGUUUAUGUACCUUAAUGAAAUAAAAUAAAAGAUUAGUUAAACAAAAAUAUAUAAUUAAAGCAUUGGAGAAGGUGUAGAAAGAUUUUCUUAGUUGAUGUUUAAGAAUGAGUUUUAAAAUAGUAUCCAAUUAGGUGUCACAUGUUACUUGAGAUGGGCCGGGCCGGGCCGUUAGAUGACCGUAAACUCCAAUCACAAAUUUAAUUAUGGUUUAGGAUCUGAUGAUGUAAAUGAUGAAUUAAAAUAUUGAUCUUCCAGUCACAUUCUUGUUUCAUGAUCUUGCCUGUUGAGUUAGUGUUUUUUGAAUUUUGCUCUCAAUACAGUAACUCUUGUGCUACCGUUCGUAGGCACAUAGAUUGUAAGAUCAUAAGAAGGCUUCUUUGUAGGUGACAAAUUGAACCACAUUGACGGCAAGGAUGGCUCGUCGGGGCAUAGCAGAUGAUGAGAGUGCAAAAAAAUCAGACAAGAUGCCUAAGAAGGGUCGAUUUAUUAAAAUCAUGUUUGGCUUUGAUUUCUCAAACUAUUUGCCCCUGCCUCCCAAAUUCGUUCACUCAGUGGAACACUUGGCGGAUCAAGAAAUUCAAAUUGAGGACUGGAACGGGCUCCAGUGGUCUGUUAAACUCGAACAAGUGGAUGGCUCACUUGCAUUGAACGAGGGUUGGAACAAAUUCUUUUUGGAUCACAGCCUGAAAGAAGGAUACAUAUUGGUGUUUGAGUAUGCAGUUGACGGUCAUUUCACGGUGUAUAUAUUCGGGCAGACUGCUGUUGAGAUUACUGACUUCGACAAUGUGGGCCCCAAGAACAGAAAGCGGGUCAAAACGAACCUGGAUCCGGUUUCCCCGGACAAUCCAUUGUUAAAAAACAAUGUGCAGCCGAGGGAAAAGUCGGGACCGAAUGACUCUGUACUCCACAGAUCAAAAACCGGAAAUUGCAAAACUCGCCCUAAGGAGACAGAUGGCAACGUGAUGAGGCCAAGUUGCGAGUUACCUACUGCAGGCGCGGAGGAUAAGAUUGGCAUGGUCAAUAAAGAUACCGAAAGCUAUGGACGAAAAGAGAGGGACUUUUUGAACGACACAUGUUUUGAGACGGGGAAGAAAACUCCCGCCGAAUGUGUCACUAGAAUUACUGACAAGAUUAACACAAAUGCGGAUGGUAACAACACUCAAGUAAAUGCGAGUCGUACGGAUGGGGUAAAUGGAUGUUCUAAUGAUGCUGACAGGUUCGUUAAAAAGGAUUUGGAUAUUAGUGCAGGCCCUUCUCAUACUGGGAAGAAGAAAGUGGAUGUUAACAGGAAUGUCAGUGAGAAAUUUACCGGCACAGUUGAGAAGGCUCCGGAAAGAAAGAGAUCCCCUUCUCGUGGUGUAAAAACAGAUGUUGCUAAAAUGAAGAGGAAUGGUACUCAAAUGGAUGGAGAUCAUGUGGAAAAGAUCAACAGUGGUUCUAGUGAUAUUUUAGCUGAUAAGAACCGUGUUACUCUUUCCGAUAAAGGUAACCUCAGCGGGAAAGUGCGGGAAGACACUUCAAAUCCUCCGAAUGACCGUUCUGAGAGGGGAAUUGCUGGAAAACGCAAAUGUCCUGAAUCUACGCUUCCGAGUGAAGAGGGUAAACGGCGUUUAAAACAGGAGCAGGUUGGACCUAAAGGAAAAGCGCCAAUUACAAGGCAAAAUGAUCAAAUGCUUUUUCCUCCGGUAAAAGCUGAACCAGAUCUGGCGGAUGAGGCAGUGCCAUCGAGUGGUAUAAGUCCGUUUACCGCAAAAGUCGAGAACAAAUCAUAUCUGGAGUUGCCUGUAAAAAUUCCAUCAGUAAAGAGAGAUAGUGGCCGAGGAAAGGUUGUGUACAUCAGAGACUCGUUUGGAAAGAUCUGGCCAAUGAUUAACCCUAAUAAACUAUUUAUGGAAGCAUUGGUUGGCAACUGGGCCAGAUUUUGUGAAACAAACGGCAUAAAGCCAGGGGAUGAGUGCAGGUUCCAACUUGAAAACGAGAAGUUGUGCUGUUAUAGAGUUGAUGUUAUUCACAAGUGAUGAAUGCAAGUUAUGCAGGUUUGCAAAGAUGAAUCCAGGCUUUAGAGUUUUUGUUGUUUAUCGUUAUCAAAGGUUGGUAACAUAUUUGCUGUAAUCGGGAGAUCUCUUGUGCUGAGGUCCAAGGGGAAGAGCCUCUUUUGUGUAAGUUGGUGUGAUCGUGCUUGAAAUGACGAAUCUCGUCCAUCUCUCUCCUUCUCUCUUUGAUGAUUUUUGUUGGUGUUGCUUCAUUUGUUUUGGUAGUAUUUUGUAUGAAAAUACUAACAGCUGAUUAACAUUUUCCUUGUUUUGUUUCUGUUUCACUCUGUUCAUUCAAAAUCAUUCAUAUGCAAUUGGAAACUAAUGAAAACUAGUGGAAUGGAGGAUUUGAUAAUUGACUAUAUUGAUGGUUCCAAGUAUAUUCCACUUAA